AUGUCGUCUGUGGAGAUAGAGAACCCUAACAAAGAUUUACGGAUACCCGAAUGGAUUAAUCCGGAGUAUUUUGAUAAGAUUCUACAAAAAGAUGAACCAAACUAUGUUAAGAUCUUGAAAUUUACACCUGUGGCAGCCAUUCCGCCAGGUGAGAACUUCACCUCAACCAUGCUGCGUAUACAUUUUGAUCUGCAAAUGAAAGAUGGCACCACAAAGCAUAAAACUUAUAUAUUUAAAACGGAACUGGCAACAGAACGCGGCGGCAAGGAAAUUAAAAUGGCUGGCAUUUUCAAAAAGGAACUGAAAAUGUAUCACACAUAUUUGCCAGCAUUCGAGGCACUUUACCAUUCUGCUGGUUGGAGUCACAUCCAACUGGCUCCCAGGUGUCUGCAUGCCGAGGAGACUGCCGAUGGCGAUAUCCAUUUUGUUUUCGAAGACUUGGCUAAGCGUCAAUUCAAGAAUGUUGAUCGCAUCAAGGGUCUAGAUAUGGAGCAUAUGAAAAGAUCGCUACAUAAAUUAGCCGAAUUCCAUGCGGCUAGUUCUGUUUAUGUGGAGCAAAAUGGACCACUGCCCGAGGAGUAUAAUGCCGGGUUUAUUUCAGAGGCGAACCUAAAUCUCAGUGUACAGGGUUUUAAGGUGAAAAAUCGUACAUACAAGAAGGCAAUGGAAAAUUGGGGUUUACCCGAUUCUGAGAAGUAUGUCAAGAGUUUUCCAAAUGCCCAACAAUAUUUGGAGAUUUGCAAAAGUAAUUUGAAGAUAGAUCCCCAAGAAUUUAAUACCCUUACACAUGGUGAUUAUUGGUCUAGUAAUUUAAUGUGCAAUUAUCUGGAAAAUGGAGAAAUCGAUCAGAUUAUCAUGGUGGACUUUCAAAUCGGCAAAUGGGGUAGUCCUGCCCAGGAUCUAUUAUUCUUUAUAACGCUCUCAGCUGCCCAGGAUAUACGUCUAAAGGAGUUUGAUAAUUUCGUGCUUAUCUACUGGGAACGGCUUGUCGAGUGUUUAAAAUUUUUAAAGUAUUCAAAACCAUUGCCAAAACUAAGGGAACUGCAAAUGUCAUUAUAUAAGAAGAAUAAUACAUUCUACGCUUUUAUGGCCAUCUUUAAUCAUCUACCAGUUCUACAGUUUCCCACCGACAAGGAGUCAAAUUUACAUUCCUUAAUGCGAGACGAUGAGGAGGGCGACAAAUUUCGCUUGCGAUUAUUUACAAAUCCAGCAUUUGCAAAUAUUAUGAAGGAUCUAUAUCCAUUCUAUUACAAUCGUGGCAUAUUUCAAUUUUCAGAUUUUAAUCAGGUCCUUAUCAACUCAAAAUACUAGCAUUCCUCCAUUUGUGAAAAAUGGCAACUCACUUUUUCAUUUUGAUUGUUGAAUGACAAGUGUGUAAAC